GCGACACCAUGCGGCAGCCGUCAUAACUGUUGUUCGGGGGAUCCCCAAGCCGCCCGCGCUUGCCCGCGUACAGUCGGCAUCACUUCGGCGGUUCGCUUGUGCCCUGUUUUCAGUCGCUGCCAAUUUUUACGGCUGUUGUCGUCAACUCUGCAGUGAACUACCGUAGUCGGACAAGCACUGCGAGUCGUAGUGGCAAUUAUUUUGGUGUAUUCUUUCCUCGAUAUGAGCAAGAAAUACAAGAGUCACAAAAUGUGCUGCGUGCCGCAGUGCACUCGCCGUGCAGUCAAAGGCGAGGUAAGCCUGCACACGUUUCCUAGUGACAACCGAGUUAAAAAGGAGUGGGUAGUGAAACUCCGAAUCGGAAAGCCAGUCACUGAGACGAUGAGGGUCUGCAGCGCACACUUUGUGCCUGAAGAUUUCUUCUGGGGUACAACUGCACCAGAAAUUUGGAAACCAGCACGAAGACAACUGAAGAAGACGGCAGUGCCAUCACAGUGUCUGCCUGUGCGCAGCCUUGAUAACGAGGACCCAGCGAGAAACCAGGCAUCAGCUGAAAGAGCCUCUCGAGCAGUGGCAAGAGCAUCAAGACUCCACGCUGCUGAUCCACUUGAUGGCCUUCAAAACAUUCCUUGCUCACCACCACAGAAUGACCCAGAAGGUGCAAGCCUGACCUCUGAAGCUUCAGAACCUGAAAGCACUGGAAACAUGGUCAAAGAGAACACUAAGGAAGAUGACGCUGCUGAAGCGCUUGUUCUCCUUGGUGCCCACCCGACAGAGUUUGAAGGCGUCAAUAGUGCUGCAGUUGAGUCCCUCCUGCAGUUUAACCGGACCCAAACGGCAUCUCUACACAAGGCUGUGCAGGUUAACCCAUGCACAGCACCCAGCACUUGUAGAACACUCGUUGACCUGUUUCAGAGUGAUGCGUGCGUUAAGGCCUUCACAGGUGUAGAGGAUAUGAGGCUUCUAAUGACUAUUGCUGACGCUGUGGCUGAGGUUGACAAUCUGAAGGCGGAAAGAAUCCCUAAAUGCCACUUCAUGGAACUGCAGUUCCUCAAACUUCUGCACGUGGCUGCUUCCAAGAAUGUGCUGCAGUAA